UUAACUUGCGCGAUUGAAAUCUUUAUCUAUUGGCCAAUCCUGAUUCCCGAUUGUAGUGAAUCUCUUCUCACUUCCCAUACUAAAUCAAUCUCUUCUCUCCAAUUUGAUCUUCUGGGUCUUUGAAGGUUUGAAUCUUUGGAUCUCCAUGGCUGAAGAAAAACCAAGUUCUUCAACAACCACGAGAAGCUACUGGAGAUGUAGCAAAAAAGAUUUCUUCCCAGAAACCUCGUUUCAAUCCAUGUCUUCCUACAAAACAGCAAUUUCCCAAACCUGUCCUCGUCUCACCGACCGUCUCUUAGCACGUUCCUCCUCCACCAACGAGCUUGUAACCCUUUCGAAAGUGAGUGAAAACCCAAUGCAAAAAUGUCUAACCUGGUGGGACCUUAUUUGGCUAAGCUUUGGCUCGGUUGUUGGUUCUGGCAUAUUUGUCAUAACAGGUCAAGAAGCUCAUGAUAACGCAGGUCCAGCUAUUGUCUUGUCCUAUGCUAUAUCUGGGCUUUCAGCAUUGCUUUCGGUUUUCUGUUACACUGAAUUUGCAGCUGAGGUUCCAGUAGCUGGUGGUUCAUUUUCAUAUCUUCGUAUUGAAGUAGGUGAUUUCAUUGCAUUUAUAGCUGCUGGUAAUAUUCUUCUAGAAGCUUUAGCAGGAGCUGCAGGGUUAGGAAGAUCAUGGUCUUCUUAUUUUGCUAGUAUGAUCAAGAGUGAUUCUGAUUUUUUGAGAAUUAAGGUUGAUUCUUUGCCUGAUGGAUUUAAUCUUUUAGAUCCACUUGCAGUUGUCGUACUUUUGGUUGCUAAUGGAAUAGCUAUGAGUGGAACUAAGAGGACGUCUUGGUUGAAUUGGGUUGCUUCUUUGGUUAGCGGUGCGGUGAUUGUUUUUGUUAUAGUUUUUGGGUUUAUUCAUGCAAAAACUUCGAAUCUGGAACCUUUUUUUCCAUAUGGGGUGAAAGGCGUUUUCAAGGCAGCGGCUGUGGUUUAUUGGUCUUAUACAGGUUUCGAUAUGGUGGCAAAUAUGGCCGAGGAGACUAAGAAACCCUCUAGGGAUAUACCAAUUGGGUUGGUUGGUUCGAUGUCUGGAAUUACCAUUGUUUAUUGCUUGAUGGCUUUAGCAUUGACCAUGAUGGUGAAGUAUAAUGAGAUUGAUGUAAAUGCUGCUUAUUCUGUUGCUUUUGAACAAAUUGGGAUGAAAUGGGCCAAAUAUUUGGUUAGUAUAUGUGCACUCAAGGGAAUGACUACAAGCUUGCUUGUUGGAUCUCUUGGGCAAGCUCGAUACACGACUCAGAUCGCUAGAGCUCAUAUGAUUCCUCCUAUUUUUGCUUUGGUUCAUCCCAAAACUGGAACUCCUGUAUAUGCUACCCUGCUGGUGACAUCAAUUAGUGCUAUUAUUGCAUUUUUCUCGAGUUUAGAUGUUUUGUCUAGCGUUUUAUCUUUCAGUACACUAUUCAUUUUUAUGCUAAUUGCUGUUGCAUUGCUUGUGAGACGAUAUUAUGUGAAGGAUGUUACUCCAAAGGAUGUUUUGAUAAAAUUUCUCAUCUGCUUGCUCAUUAUUAUCGGUUCCUCAAUUGGAGUUUCAGCACUUUGGAAUUCUGAUGAGAGAGGCUGGAUUGAAUACACUGUGGCUGGAUUGGUUUGGUUCUCGGGGACUUUGGGAAUGGCAUUUCUUUCCAAGCAGUGCGUUCCAAAGGUCUGGGGAGUUCCACUUGUUCCUUGGUUGCCAUCUUUGUCAAUUGUGAUGAACAUGUUUCUCAUAGGAUCUUUGGGUCUUGUAGCAUUUUUGAGGUUUAUCAUUUGCAGUGCAGUAAUGAUAGUGUACUACCUACUUGUUGGCCUUCAUGCCACCUAUGAUGUGGCUCACCAGAAUGAAUUAAGUGCCUAAAACUGAAGAGGGUAAAUGAAGCUGUUACCUUGAGAACAAUUCGUGCAGUACAGUGGGGUACAGCAUUUUAUUGUUGUUUAUACAUCCCUAGUGUCGUCACCAUUAAUGUUUGGAUAUUGUUUAAGUUGUUUACACUUUCCUAGUGUUGUCACUGAUAAUGUUUGGAUAUUGUUCAAGUUA